UUUUUCAGUCAGUAAACGAUAGCUAUUUGAAAGGUCUAGUUUGGUUUCAAUUUGUUUGCAACGACCCUCUUAAAGAUUUGGAAAGAACGAAAUUGAUUCCUUAAUUGUCAAAUACGAGGCACACCAUAAAAAACCUCAUCUAAUUCCCCCACAUCGAAUCGUUGAAUCGACUCUGGCAGAAAGAGCCCCCGCUGACUACUAAGACAAAGAGAAGCAGCUCAGCCAUGGACUUUACUGAAUACAGACAAAGGGGCAAGGAAAUGGUUGACUACAUCGCCGACUAUCUAGAGAAUAUACGAGAUCGACGCGUCUUCCCUGACGUCAAGCCGGGAUAUAUGAAAAACCUGCUCCCGGAUUCGGCACCAAUUGAAGGCGAAGAAUGGCAGAAUAUAUUCGAGGACGUCGAGCGCGUAAUAAUGCCCGGCAUCACCCAUUGGCAGAGUCCGCACAUGCACGCAUACUUCCCCGCUCUCAACUCGUUUCCAUCGCUAUUGGGCGACAUGCUGGCUGAUGCCAUCAACUGCUUGGGCUUUACGUGGGCGAGUUCGCCGGCAUGUACCGAAUUGGAAAUAAUCGUCAUGAAUUGGCUGGGCAAAAUGAUCGGACUGCCCGAUGAAUUUCUCAACUUGACCAGCUCCAGUCGUGGCGGCGGUGUUGUCCAGACCACAGCGAGUGAGGCCACCUUGGUGUGUCUACUGGCUGGCAGGACCAGGGCGAUUCAGCGUUUCCACGAAAAAUGUCCUGGCUAUCAAGAUGCCGAGAUAAAUGCUCGACUUGUGGCGUAUUGCUCGGACCAGGCGCACUCCAGCGUGGAGAAGGCCGCAUUAAUAGGUCUGGUUCGCAUGCGGUACAUCGAGGCCGAUCAGAAUCUCUCAAUGCAGGGGCAGCCACUGCGCGACGCCAUUGAAGAUGAUAUACGUCAGGGAUUGGUUCCAUUUUGGGUCUGCGCCACACUGGGCACAACUGGCGCAUGUUCAUUCGAUAAUUUAGAGGAAAUUGGCGGUGUGUGUCGAGAGCACAAUUUAUGGCUGCACGUGGACGCUGCAUAUGCCGGCAGUGCUUUCAUUUGUCCCGAGUUCCGCACGUGGCUCAAAGGCAUAGAACGGGCCGACUCCAUUGCCUUUAACCCAUCCAAAUGGAUGAUGAUACACUUCGAUGCUACCGCCUUGUGGGUCAAGGACAGUGCAGCUGUUCAUCGCACCUUUAAUGUGGAGCCGCUUUACUUGCAGCACGAGAACUCAGGCGUAGCUGUGGACUUUAUGCACUGGCAGAUUCCGCUUAGCCGCCGGUUUCGUUCCCUGAAAAUUUGGUUUGUUUUGAGAUCGUACGGCAUCAAAGGUCUACAGCGUCAUAUACGAGAGGGUGUCCGGCUGGCCCAAAAAUUUGAGGCGCUAGUUGCGGCCGAUCAUCGCUUUGAAAUACCGGCCAAGAGGCAUUUGGGUCUAGUGGUGUUCCGCAUAAAAGGUGACAACGAAAUUACAGAGCGGUUGCUGAAACGCCUCAAUCAUCGGGGUAACAUCCAUUGCAUACCAUCCUCCCUUAAGGGAAAGUACGUUAUACGUUUCACAGUGACCUCAACACGCACCACAGUCGAUGACAUCCUGAGGGACUGGACCGAGAUCAAAAACGCUGCCACCGAAAUUCUAAGUGAAAUGAACAUCACAAUCUCGAAUCGGGUGUAUCUCAAAGACAUCAAAGACAAGUCGGACGGAUUCGGCAGCAGCCUCUUGCUCUCGAAUUCCCCACUGUCCCCCAAAAUUGUCAAUGGUUCCUUCGCCGCAAUAUUUGACGAUGAAUUUCUCGCGAAAACAUACGCCGGUGUUCGGAUUGCGCAUCAAGAAUCACCUUCAAUGCGGCGACGUGUGCGGGGCAUAAUGAUGUCCGGCAAGCAGUUCUCCCUGGACUCGCAUAUGGAUGUCGUGGUGCAGACCUCCAUGGACUCGAAAACAACCACCACUAAGGGUGUCGAUAGCUAUGGCAAAACCACUCCCAUUGUUAGGUAUGCCGCCGAUCGUGAGGCCAUACGCGAAGAUGAGGAGUCCCAGGAAGAUUGUGAAAUGAACUGGUGGGAGGAGUCUGCCGCCAUGCCGCAGCUGCAGCCAUUACGAAAUCGACAAAACAGAUUGCCAAUCGCCACCACUCAUCGCCCAAGUGAUUUGGGCAUAGGUGAAACAUUUAGCCGCCCCCAACGUCCGUCAUCGUUAACCACAUCAGUGAAUAGUGUUUGGUCCCCCGUCACCCACUACCAGCUCCUAUCGAACUCUCGUCAACUCUCAACUAUAGCCGAGAAGGAGAAAUCUGCAGUUUCUGGUGACUCACUCUCUUCUGCUUCCAGUUCUAAUAUCCUCUAUCCCGGCAAACGUUUUCUGUACUCAGAGGGGAGUAUUGAAAAAAAGUGUUCAUUUUCAGACUCAGUAUUUUGCCCCCCGACUCCCACCGACGAACAGGACACCACCAAGUCUCUAUCGGAAUGUCCCGUCUCUGGUGCAGAAAACUCAAAUGAUGCAACUCCAAUAGCCAACGUAGAUCUCCUCAACGAACACUUUCCCUCGGUCGAGUCCCUAGAAUCGCCCAAUCAGCCAUCAAGCGACUCUGAGGGUUCUUCCGAAGACACGUCAACCACCUCCGCACCUGGAUACUCCUCGCUAGAAUCAGUUUGAUGAUUGCAAUUGAGAACCGUCAACCAAACGAAUGGACUCCUUCUCGCUCCAAGCCUGCUGUGCUAGCAAUAAUUCUCGUUGUAAGUGUAAAAUACUCGAAUGCAGACACAGACCUCGGGUUUCUUCGUACUCAUCGCAGCUCGAUGUCAUGCAUACUCGUUAUAAACCAGCCUAGUUAUUAACCCAUUAGUAUGUAGUUAAGGAUACUUAAUUUUUUUGGAAAACUAAAUUCACUCUUGGUGUUGUUAAUAUUCUCCCUACACACGGCAUGAUGAAAGAGGCCGUCUGACUCGGCGUCAUGUCUAUAUUUAAUCCAAUCUUGAAUAGCCAAAGUAAAUGCUACAAUGUUCUCAAUGUUGAAAUUUAUACAUAACCAUUUAAAUCUACAUACACGUACAUACAUAUUAAAUAUAAAUCUAUUGUGAAUAAGCAUGUUCGGUUUGGCAGGAUAUUUCCGGUUCUAUACGAGAAAAUGCUAAAUCGUUGGUGCGACACAAACGUUGAUGUUAUUUUAAUAGCUUACCAUAUAUUGAAUCGAUUAAUAUAAUAAUAAAAA